AUGUCCGAUGCAUUUGCUGCCUUGUCAAUUUUCUUGACAAAUAAGUAUUUUGGGGACAAUGCCAUGACCAUCGUUCGUUGUCUUCAGAUACAUGGCUCAGUGACACUCAAGAUGCUAGAACGCAUACUUGCCGGUCGCUUAUCGCCCAUCAGUAUUGCCUCUUCCAUUUUGGCUCUUUUGCGGCAUAGUGUGAUAAAAGUAAACCAGGAGGAUUUACUUAAGUACGAUUUGGAUUACCAAGGGAUAACAAGACUCGCCAGGAUACCAAUAUUAUGCAAAGUCGGCUUUCUCUUUUAUGGACCCGAAUCUGAAAAUUUACUUCAGAUUAUUUUCAUAUCAGGAAUGGCAAAAACUUCUGAGGUGUUGCGUGCCGCUCUUCUUCGUGUAUCCGAAGGUGAUAAGUACAAAGAAGCUGAGGUGUUGGUAGAGUGUUUGGAUACUCUGGUUAGUUUGGGUGUCAUCAGAGCUUCCACGAAGUCAAUGAUUUUGCACCCACUUGAAGAGCAUGUUCAGUACGAACGAUUUUCACUGUCAAAAUCAGAUUUGCUCGAAAACCUACGCAAAUUUGUUGCCAGUGGUGCCACUUACAAGAAUUUUCACCGCUUUCUACCCACUCCGAAACACUCAGUUGAAUGGGAUCUUAUUUUGGCGCCUUGUGCCGAUUCAUUGGAGGCCCUUUGGCGUGAUCACUUAAUUUCCCGCCUUGCUGCUGAAAGAAUAGAUGAGACAGCUGGGGAUGUAAUGUCGAGGAUUUUGCACGUCGCAUUCGCAUCCAAAGAGCACAGUCACGUGAUGUCUCCCUCUUCCGAGGCUGUUGAUCAUUCACAGGUAGUUCAGAGCUUCCGUGAUCCUCCCAAUUAUCUCAAUUCCUACUUAACCCUUCUUCUGGACGAUCCAUUUUCCGUGACUAGUAUUUUCAAAUUAGCUUACAAGAAGGUUGUUAGGGGCAUUCUGGUCCGUCAUAUUGAAAACAUCGUGCAGGUCCUCUUUGAAAACGCAGGUGUUCGAAUUUUCCGUAUCCUACUGACUGAAGGCUACCUCCCCUAUGAAACUUUAGAAAGACGUCUUUUGAUACCUCAAAAGGAAUUUCGCAAGAUUCUUCCACAAAUGGUUGCAAGUCAAUUCGUUUCGACCACUGAAUUUUCUCGAGCAAAAGACUUCAAUGCAGACACUGUGGUCUGCCUCUAUAGUGUAAACCUCUCCAUGGUGGCGCGACUAACGGUCGAAUACGCGCAGCACUGCAUCCUCUGCUUGGCCACCCGUUCUGACGCUGAAUUGAACGCCAAAAGCCGCUUAAUAGAUCAACGUUACUAUGUGGAGAGUAUGAUCAGCAAGCAUCAGGCUGAAAUCGCCAGGUUGGAGGGACAAGAGGAGAUGGGCGAGGGCGUAGACGAGGAGAUCGAAUCUCACAGGGAGAGUGUACAGGCUCUACAGAACAGCCUCACGCCGGCUGAGAUCAACCAACUCUCCACCCUCUCCAACCGCCUUGCGAAACUUGGAGCCGCACAGUGGGAGGCUGAAACGGCGUGGUUUGUCGCCGACCUCUAUCUUCGACUUUAUUUUGAUACGGAAGAAUAG